AUAAACGACUUCCUUGAGCAGUCAGCCAUGAAUGAGAAGAAGUAGUACAAGUUAAAGAGCUUUACAAGCUUCCUGAACUUUCUGUCAGUGACGUGUAUUAAAUAUGAAGGGGCAUGUAUCAUAUAUUUGCGGUUCCUUUUUGUCGUCUAACUAAAAUGUCUCCUAAUCAUACUUUUACGUUUGCGUUGUCAAUGAGCUCACUGGUGUUUUGGAAGCUAGCUAGCUUGUGAAGCUAGCUGUCAUCGCUAGCCUCGCCUUGUUUUUGUUCUAUUUUGUGUUUUUUCCAAACGUUCUCGAGGACAAAACACAUGAGCGUGUCCCUGGUGGUCAUCCGCCUGGAAAUAGCCGACCAGUCUCCAGCCCCGCAGGGCUUCCGAUACUCGGCCGCGGGCGACAUGUCCGAGGAGCAGCUGCAGGACAAAUCUUUGACCCUGGGCCGGCUGGCCCUGAGCGGCAAGACGGAGGCGGAGAGGAGCGCCGUGUUGCACCAGCACAUGGGCAGCAGGUCCAUGGGAGACAUGGUCAUCGAGACCUUUGAGCCCGGCCCGGACAAAGGCGGGGGUGACGAUCCAGAAGGUUGCGCGGAUCCCGAUGAGGACGCGGCGGCGGCGGCGUCUUUGGACUCGCCGUCCAAGCGGCUGCCGGAGCAAAUCUCCUUCUUCAGCGGGAACCCGUCGGUGGAGGUCGUGCACGGGAUCAUGCACCUCUACAAGACCGACAAGAUGACGUCCCUGACGGAGGACGUGGGGCGCAGCGCCAUGGUGUGCAUCCUGACGGUUCCCGCCGCCAUGACGAGUCACGACCUGAUGAAGCUGAUGGCGCCCUUCAACGACGUCAUGGAGCACAUGAAGAUCAUCCGGGACUCCACCCCCAACCAGUACAUGGUGCUCAUCAAGUUCAGCACGCAGGCGGACGCCGACAGCUUCUACACGGCGUGCAACGGGCGCCAGUUCAACUCCAUCGAGGAGGCGGUGUGCCAGCUGGUCUACGUGGAGCGCGCUGAGGUUUUCAAGUCGGAGGAGGGCGCCGGUUUGCCGGUGAUGGAGCUGACGGAGCUUCCCAAGUGCACGGUGUGUCUGGAGCGCAUGGACGAGUCGGUCAACGGCAUCCUCACCACGCUGUGCAACCACAGCUUCCACAGUCAGUGCCUGCAACGCUGGGAGGACGCGUCGUGUCCGGUGUGUCGCUACUGUCAAACUCCAGAGCCGGUGGAGGAGAACAAAUGCUUCGAGUGCGGCGUGCAGGAGAACCUGUGGAUCUGCCUGAUCUGCGGCCACAUCGGCUGCGGCCGCUACGUCAGCCGCCACGCCUACAAACACUUUGAGGAGACGCAGCACACCUACGCCAUGCAGCUCACCAACCACCGCGUCUGGGACUACGCCGGAGACAAUUACGUCCACCGGCUGGUGGCGAGCAAGACGGACGGCAAGAUGGUCCAGUACGAGUGCGAGGGCGACACCUGCCAGGCGGAGAAGGUGGACGCCCUGCAGCUGGAGGUACGUCCGGCCCCUCCUUUCUCUCGCUUGGGCCGCGUGGCGCUCACAAGGGGUCGCCCCGGUUGUCCCUCAGUACUCGUACCUGCUGACCAGUCAGCUGGAGUCUCAGCGGGUCUACUGGGAGAACAAGAUUGCGCACCUGGAGAAGGACACGGCGGAGGAGGUGAACCACGACGUCAGCGGCAGCAACAGCAUUUUUCUGAUUGUUAUUGGGUGCCACUCGUGUGUGUGAGACAGAUCAACAACAUGAAGGCCAAGUUUAAGGAGACUUUGGAGCGCUGCGACAACCUGGAGCGUCGCCUGGGAGAAAUCAGCAAAGAUAAGCAGAGCAUGGAGAAAAAGUGCACGCAGCUGAGCGGCCGCAUGACGAAACUCAGCCAGGAGCUGACGGAGGAGCAGGAGAUGAACAAAUGCCUGAGAGCCAAUCAGAUGCAGCUGCAGACCCGACUGGCCGACGAGCAGCGCAGAGCCAAAGAGAGCGAAGGAGCGGGCCGUGGAGGAGCUCCAGGACCAGCUGCGCGACGUCAUGUUCUACCUGGAGACGCAGCAGCACAUCCAGCAUCUCCCCGAGGAGGCGCGCAGCGAAAUCCAGGAAGGCCAAAUCAACAUCGCGGCGGGACCCGCGGCCGACGGCGGGCCCGCGGACGCCGCCGCCGUCGGCAGAGGACGCCGGGGCCGCGGCAGGAAGAGGAAGUAAAAGUAUUUCAAGCUGUGGAUGAGGCUGUAAAAUCAACAUGUAAAUACAUCACUUCCAAAUCUAUUUAUGACGUUUUUUGCCUCUUUCACGCUGAGACGGACGAGCCUGCGCUUCCACGCCUGCGCCUUUCACGCCACGAUUGUGUACGCUUUCGUGCACAAUCCCGCAUACGCUGGGCGGUACCUUGACUUUAUGGAAUCAAUCGGAAUACCUUUUUUUCCCAUUCCAGUCCCCAAACAAACGUCGCCAUUUUUUGUUGGUUUUAAUCAAGAAAAAUACCACUGUAUUGUAUAAAAAAAACAUAAUGCAGUGAAAUAAAAGACAUUGUAAAGUA